GCGGCCGGGCCAGGUCGGGCCGGGUAGGUGCGCGGCUCCCGGGCUGCUCCCGAGGCUCCUCCUGCUCCCGGCGCUCGGCUGUGCCUUGCGGGGCUCCCGGGCGUGUAGCGGCGCCGCGGCCGCCCGUGGCCGGUGGUAGCGGAGCCCGGAAAGACGCGCUGUGGGCUUGGGGGCAGGCGCGGGUGCCCCGGGGCUGGCCGGGGGCAGCCCGGCCCGGCGGGUUCCGGUGCUUUCGUCCCCCGGCCCCUCAGUGCCCCAACUCGUACGGGACGCACAGAGAAAUAAAAUGCUCGGUAACACGCACUGACCGUGUCCAUAAGCGAGGCGUCGGCACAGAGACGUGCUAAGCAUGGAGGGAGAGGAAGAGGAAGACUAUAUGUCCGAUUUAUUUAUUAAACAGGAUGUCAGGCCAGGCUUGCCCAUGGUGAGGCGGGUGAAGGAAGCUAUUCAGAAAGAAGAAAAGCAAAAAGAAGCCAAUGAGAAGAACAGACAAAAAAGCAUAAAAGAAGAAGAAAAAGAGAGACGUGACUUGGUACUGAAAAGUGCAUUGGGCAGUGAGAACAAAGGCUUUGCUUUGCUCCAGAAGAUGGGCUACAAGAGUGGCCAGGCCCUUGGCAAAAGUGGAGAAGGCAUUGUUGAACCUAUUCCUCUGAACAUAAAAACAGGUAGAAGUGGGCUUGGUCAUGAGGAAUUAAAAAAGCGAAAAGCUGAAGAAAAACUGGAAAACUGUAGACAAAAACUCCAUAUGAAAAAACAAGCAAAUGAACAAGCUGCAGAUCAGUUCAGAGUAAGAUUCAAAACCAAACAAGAAGAACGUAAGAUGGAAGGAGACCUGCGAAAAAGCCAGAGGGCCUGCCAGCAAUUAGAUGUGCAAAAAGAUAUUGAUAUUCCUAAGGAGACUUGGUUUUGGAUAGAACCUGAUGAGGAAGACAAGGAAGAUGAAUGCACAAGCACAGACUUAAGUGUAUCAGAAAAGCUACAUAUCCUGACAGCCUAUUUGAGAGAGGAGCACUUCUAUUGCAUUUGGUGUGGAACAACCUAUGAAGACUCUGAAGAUUUAUCUUCAAACUGUCCUGGAGACAGUGCUUCAGAUCACGACUAAAGCCAGUCUAAAUGAAGAAGCCCUAGAUAAGUAUGUAUAAUUCAUAGUAUCUUUUAAAAGGAUUGGAGCUAUGCCAUACUCAAGAAUUCAUACCAAAGUAUGCAGAAGAAGAGUUUAAGUUGACAAGCUAAAUUCAUAUUUUCUGUUCAAUGCACAAUUUAAUAGGAAUUAAAACUUGGUCUUUGUAAUUGAACUAACAUAAUUGAGAGGUUAGUUGAGUCUUUCACAUCUUUACCUGCUGCCCAAAUGGUAAUAAAAUUCAAGUAUGAGUAAAGGCAUAAAUAUUGGCCAAUCACUUUAUUGCAUAAUGUGUAAAACUGGGUUUUUUCAUCUUUACAGAGAUGUCUAAAUACUAGACUGGUCUUGCUUACUAUCUUAAAUUUGGUGGGUAAAAAAAAAGCUUGUGAAACAUGACAGUGACAUUACUUGAACCGAUAUUCUGUUGUAUAUAAAGGUGCAUAUUUUCCACAAUUAAAUAUAAUUAGAUCAUGA